AUGGCGGCCCCCAAGGACACCCAUGAGGACCAUGAUACCUCCACCAAAAAUGCAGAUGAGUCCAACCAUGACCCUCAGUUUGAGCCUAUAGUUUCUCUCCCUGCGCAAGAAAUUAAAACGCUGGAAGAAGAUGAAGAGGAGCUUUUCAAAAUGCGGGCAAAGCUAUUCCGGUUUGCUUCAGAGAAUGAUCUCCCAGAAUGGAAGGAACGAGGCACUGGCGAAGUCAAGCUCCUGAAGCAUAAGGAUAAAGGAGGGACCAUCCGCCUCCUCAUGAGGAGGGACAAGACCCUGAAGAUAUGCGCCAACCAUUACAUCACUCCAAUGAUGGAGCUGAAGCCAAACGCGGGCAGUGACUGCGCCUGGGUCUGGAACACCCACGCCGAUUUUGCCGAUGAAUGCCCCAAA